CUUGUAGUUCCCCGAGCAGCCGGCCCUCUCAGUUUCUUUAAAACCACCUCUCUUCUUACACCUGGUACUCGAUUUAGAAGCUGAGUGAGAUUUCGCAAACACCUAAGAGAAGAAGCCCCAAAAGUCAUUGCAUCGACAAUGGAGAUCGCCUCGUGUUGCCUGAAGGCCUUCGAGUGGGACGGCACGCCAGCCGGCCGGAUCGAGAAGCUCGCCGGCAACGACGUCUACGUCGCCGGAGACAACCCCGACGCGGCCGUCCUCAUCGUCCACGACCUGCUCGGCUGGACGUUCCCCAACACGCGCCUCCUCGCGGAUCACUACGCCCGCGAGGCCAACGCCACCGUCUAUCUACCCGACUUCUUCGGCGGCUGGAUCGUGCCCUUCGAGCCAAUCCUCGCAGGUCGCUUCCGCGAGGUCGACCUGUCGGCCUUCCAAAGGGACAGCAACCGCGACGCCAGGGAGCCCGAAAUCUUCAACGCCGCCAGGGCACUGCGGGAAAAGCACAAGAAGGUCGCCGCCAUCGGGUUCUGCUACGGCGGGUGGGCCGUGUUCCGGCUUGGGGCGAAGGAGCAUGACCCCCCGUUGGUCGACUGCAUCUCGGCCGGCCACCCGAGCAUGUUGACCAAGGAGGACAUGGAUGGCGUCGGGGUUCCCGUACAGAUCCUGGCCCCGGAGCAUGACUUCGUCUUCACCCCCGAGCUGAAGUCGCACUGCUUCGAAACCGUGACGAAGAAGGGCGUGCCCUUCGAGUAUCAUCAUUUCGCCGGGGUCGAGCAUGCUUGCCUGACGAGGGGCGAUCCAGGAAAGCCCGGGGAGCGGGAGGCCAUGGCGCGAGGAAAGUCGGCGGCAGUCAGCUGGUUCAACAUGUACCUACAUUGACUACUACCCUCUUCGCCAUAGAUAAGCGCGUGAGUGGUUUUAUCUGCGAUGAACCGGGAACUCGAAUUAGUCUGGUUUCCCAUCUUCUGUAUUGUUCAGCCGCCAACAAAGUUUGUGGAGAUCAAGAGCUUCCAGAGAGACAUAGGCAGGGUUGCAGGUAAGGGAGGCCCUUGUGGAAUUGUGGAAAGUGUAGUUGGGAUAUUCCUUCCAACUGCGUGUUGUUGGGCCUUUGAAUAAUGACAUAGACACGCUUCUUAGCAACCAAGAGACUGACUUCCAGUCCCCUCGGGACACUGCAACUACGAACUUUCGAAAGCAACGCUGCCCGUCGGAAACUGCUUCAGCGAAGCAUCGGCU